AUGAGGUUAUCAAUUGGCCUGGCCGCCGUCGCAGGCGUCAUUGGCCUCGCCGGUGCCGAAGGCGGCGACCCUCCCAAAAUGACCGACUUUGACUGGAAGACCAUCACGCCGUCACGCAAGCUGGAAUACCACCCGUGCUACAAGGACCACCAAUGCGCUCGCCUCACCGUCCCCCUCGACUGGCUCGACGAGACAAACGAGCACACCGUGGCCCUCGCAAUCGUCAAGCUCCCUGCCACCGUCCCCGACGACGACCCGGCCUUUGGCGGCACCGUCUUCACCAACCCGGGCGGACCCGGCGGCUCCGGUGUGAGCCUGCUCCUCCGCCAGGGCCACGCCAUGCGGCGCCAGCUGAGCGGCGGCAACAAAAAGUACGAGAUGCUCAGCUGGGACCCGCGCGGCGUGCAGUUUACGACGCCGGUGGCCGACUGCUACGAGGACGAGCUCGCCAGGGACACGGACGGCAUCCAGCGCCUGGCCAUCGGGCCGCUCGACGCCAGCCCGGACGCGUUUAGAAGGCAGUGGGCAAGGGUUCAGGGGUACGGCAGGCUUUGCACGGAAAAGCUCGGCAAUGGCUCCAUUAUCCCCUACGCGACGACGGCGUCGGUCGUUCGCGACAUGGUGGAGAUGGUGGAUAAGAUUGAUGAGCUUCGUACUGAACAGGCGGCGGCCUCUCGGCCGCAGCAGUCGCUCGAGCUCCGGAAGGUCAAGGACGUGCCGCGCAUUCAGUACUGGGGCUUCUCCUACGGCAGCAUCCUCGGCAAUACGUUUGCUUCCAUGUACCCCGGGCGCGUGGGCCGGCUCAUCGUUGAUGGCAUCGCCGAUGCAAAUGACUACAUGGCAGGCGGCUGGAAGACCAACCUUCAAGACACGGAGAAGCUUGUCGACUAUUUCUACGAGACAUGCUUCAAAUCCGAGGGCAAGUGCGCGCUCAGCCGGCCUUCGGACAAGAAGUGGCAGGACAUCCGAGACCGGGUCGACAAGCUCGUGAAACACCUCAACGAAGCACCCGUCGCGGUCCUCGACGGCAAAGCCACCAACAUCCUCACAGGCUACGACGUCACCCUCUCCUUCAAGAACCCGCUCUACGCGCCCUACAGCCGCUUCAUCAAGCUCGCCUCCCAAAUCAACGCCGCCAUCGAGGGCAACUACACCGCCCUCCUGCAGUCCGUCUCCGCCGAGAUCCCCAAGCUCGACCAGGCCUGCACCCACCCCAACGCGACCGACCUGCCCCUCUCCUGGGGCGACGGCGGCCAGGCCGUCCUCUGCGGCGACGGCGAGGACAACUCCGAUUCCUCCCUCGCCGACUACAGGGCCUACGUCGCGGAGCUCGAGCACCAGUCCCCGACGUUUGCGGGAUACUGGUCCCAGAUCCGCUUCGCUUGCACGAGCUGGCUCGUCCGUCCCAAGUGGCGCUUUACGGGGCCGUUCUCGACGCCCCCGCACGACGCCGCGCUGGUGGAGGGACGGCCCGCGGCGCCGCUGCUCUUCUUGUCUUCGCGGCUCGAUCCCGUCACGCCGUUGAGGAACGCGUGGAGGAUGAGUGAGGGGCACCCCGGGUCGGCUGUCGUGAUUCAGGAGUCUGUGGGCCAUUGUGCCCUGGCUGCGGGCAGCAAGUGCACGACAAAGAUCAUUCGGGAGUAUCUGGAGCAUGGCACGGUGCCGGAGAGCGGGACGGUUUGCGAGGCUGAUUGUGGUCCCUGGGAUGGCGAUGCCUGUGACUCGGAGAGCUUGAGUAUCAACGUGGCGCCUCUCGCGCCGCCGCAUGAUAGGUCUCAUCACCUUGCCUAUUAG